GAUCAAGGAAUAAACACGCAAAAUGUUCAAGUGGACACAGUAUUAAAAAAUUUGACCCCAAUGAAGCCGAAUGAAUAUUAUUCGGAAGCGACAAAUAUUCAACUUUCUUUUGAGAGAUAUGUUCUUUCUAAUAAUCAAAGAAUUUCCAGGGCCCGAAAAGCUUAUUUAUCUCACAUUCGUGCUUACGCUACCCAUUCAUCUUCCAAGAAAGAAAUAUUUCACAUAAAAAAGUUGCAUUUAGGCCAUCUUGCAAAAAGUUUCGCUUUACGGGAAGCGCCUUCGAGUAUCACAUCAAAGAAAAGUCAUCAUAAAAUAGCACAGAAAAAAAUCUCCUCUAUUGACAAAGAAGUUGUUCAAAUUGACCAAUUCAGAUCGAAUAACAUAGGUAUAACGCGGAAAAGAAAGUUGGAUGUGAAUGAAUUUGCGGUUGGAAGUUAUAAAUCUAUGAUAGGACCAACUGUUAAAAAGAAACGAAAAAUAAAAUAA